AUGGCUACAAACGGAAAGUAUCAAAACAUAAGUAUUCAACCGACGAAACUUGCACGGACUCCUAAAACAAUAUAUGAGUUGCCCAGAGAAAACUUAACCGAAGCUGAUCUAGUCAGAAAAUCGACUUCCGACAGAACUAAACGCCGUGUGGCCCACGAGGCGUGGUUUCCCCUGCCCGUUAUCACUAAGCCUGUGGUGACAGAAAAGACUCAGCAGAAACCAAAAAAAAAGCUCGUGUUGAAGAAGGAUGGAGAGUUGACGACAGGGUUAAGGCUGACAAGAGAAAGACAGGAGACUUAG